GAUCUCGCGAGGAAUCGAGCAUCAUUCGAGUGCUGUCACGCGACGUGUGUGGAAGUAAAAAAGGCGAACAAACGGUACCGUUUCCUCGCUCGUUUUGCCGUGUGGUGAACCCGUUUCGAAUUGUGCUUUUGCCUUGCCUCUCAGUGGUAAAAAUAAUUGGAAAUAUUUGGUCACUUUUGACCGAUUUGUGGUGUGAAUUCGGUGUGAAAUCUAGUUGGAAACGUCAGUCGGAUUGUCAGUGUUUACGUUGAACGUAGUGUUUGAGUCGAAAAAUGAUUCUUCAGUGCCGAAAAUAAAAGUUUUUUGAACGUCUAGGAUUUUUUUUGGUAUGCUACAAGCAGUUUCUUGCUGAUGAAGUAAUUCCAUUGAAUUUUACGUAUGUGUGCGUUAUUGAGGCCGUAGUUUUUGUCGUGUGUCGGUGCUUUCGGCUUCGUUGUGUACGCGUUUUGUGUGCUGGAUCAUGUGAAGAAGCAAUCGUAGCGAGGAAAGAAACAAAACAAAAUACGAAGAACAAGAAGAAAAAGAUUCAUAAAAGGCAAGAGAAUUAAAGAAAAUGUGAACAAUAUUUUCGUUUGACGCUACUUUGAUCGUGUUAGUGCGACAAAAAGAAGACUGAUCUGUACGCAAGGAUGCAGUAAAUUUUAGCUAACAUACGGGAGUUGAUUGCCACACAACUGCAACGGGAUAAGAAAUUUCAUUGGCCAACUUCAUCAGGAAAAAAAUUGCCACCCUGGCUGAGCGAAACGACCGACAUCCGUGCGGGGCAAAAACUACUACUACUACUACCCUCUACCAGGAAAACUCUCGGUUUCCAUCCGAACAGUCCGUCGCACAGAGUCAGUUAAUGAGGACGUGAAGGACAAGCACGCGCCCCCUCCUCGCCUGCUGCCGGAGAAAUCACCGAACCAGAGGCAAAAACAAAAACAGACAAUAUAAAGACGGCCGACGAGGUAAGAAGAAGAAGAAGGUAUUUUCGGUGUAAACCAAUCACUCUUCUUCGUCGAGGAUUAGUUGGAAGAGAGUGCGAGGAAGGUUGCGAAAGUAAACUUCCGAAGUGAAGUGAUACAACCGCUCAUGGGGACUAGGCAUAGUCGCCGACAGCAGCAGCAGCAACAGCAAGCGUACCAAGUGCAGACAGAGCAGAGCCAAACGCAACGGCAGCAUCAAUCGUCGUCGUCAAUUUCGUCGUCGUUGGCAGUUGGCAGCUGGCCGAACGGCGGUGAGUUUGUGGAAACCGAUGCAGAUGAGCAGGAGUCUGCCAGUAGUAAUAGUAGUAAUAGAAGUAGUAGUCUGGUCAUAAAGAUCUGUAUGCUGAUGAUGGAACCGAGUCAAGAAGCCGCGGGGGUUGAUGGUGGCGAAGAAACGCACUCUACCACAACGGUAUUAUCUCAGCAUGAGGCUGACGGUGGCAGAUCGGCAUCGACGGAACCUCCAAAAUGUGGCUGUUAUGAAAAUAGCAAUUGUUCGAUCAGUUUAGCACCUAAUACUAUUGCCGCUAAUACUACCAAUAACACCAAUAGCGGAAGUUCUUUAUUAUCUUCAGAGGAUGUGUACAGUGGUGGUAAUAACAAUCAAACGCAAACGGUCGCUUCCAAAUGUGGCUGCAAUUGUAAUAACGAUAGUGUCAACAACAAUGAACCGAUUAAUAACAACAUUCAUUCAGCUGUAACAAGCUCAAGCACAGAAGCGAGAGCAACCGUUUCAUCUGCUUCAGCGAGCGAUUGUGCAAACAACAAUGAUGCUGCUCUGAUUAGUGAUAUUCUGAACAAUCAUCAUAAUCUGCUGCAUCAUCAUCAUCACCUUCAUCACCACCAUCACCAUCACCACAUGCCAUCCUGGACGUGUCCAACGUCUUCCUUUCUGGCGACGGUUACAACCGCUUCUUCUGUUGCGACUACGUCCUAUCCAGUGAACAUGGUCACUGCCACCGCCAGUAACAAUGCCAGUGUUCUGAACCGUACGAUGCAGCAGCAUCAGCAGCAGUUGCGACAGCAGCAACUGCUACUCACACCCGUUCCGCCAGCAGUUCCUUCUUCCCCGGGCCCAGUGAGUCCCAGUCUGAUGGUGACGGCCAGUACCGUUUGUGAGAUGAGUGAUAAGUUGAGUGAUUUGAAGCUGAACAAUGGUCCCAGUUGUACUAGUGAACUGCACACCGGUAGCAGCAGCAGCAGCAGCAGCGAGGAGCAUCCCUUCAGCGUCGGAGAAUGUCCUCGGUGUGCGGUUGCAUCCGCGAAUCAAAGAUCUACCGCGGAGACGGAGGAGAAAAUACUGAACACUACACCGGGUAGCGAGAAAGAACCGACAAAACCAGCAGUGGAAACGUUGGGGGCGACGACAAAGGUGACGCCACCGGCAUCAGCACCUGGUAUGACUGCGUCGACGUUGCUCAGUUCGCUGACAUCAUCCGGUAAAAAGAACCGCACGUGCAAAUGCUGCCGCAGUACCAAUUGUACCAACCAAGGCAACAGUAGCAGCAGCAGCAAAUGUAACAACGCAAAGGCAAACCCCAGCUCUAGUGGCACAAAAUCGACCGGUAUCAAAUCUAAGAAGGGCAACUGGGGACUCAAGUUCAACUGUGCCAAACUGCGGGGAACAAAGUCCAAUCAGGCUGCGACCGUCGCGGUGAACGAUUCUAGUUCCUCUGCAACCAAUUCCACCGUCGAUGAAAUCGCUGGCCAUUCCCGCAGCAGUGGUUCUGCAUCUUCGAUCAUCCUAGGCUCCUCCAACAGGCUACUCAGUAGUGAAUCGGAAAGGGUGGAUUCAUGCGUUUGUACUGCAUACCGCAGAGUGGAGGACCUACCUUCGAUUGUCUCUGCAAACAAUGACUUCCCGUUGUCUUCGAACUCGCUAAUGCUUCCCCAUCACCCCCUGCACCAUCAUCACCAUCACCAUAUGGAGGCAGAAGUUGCUGCUUCCGCGUCCAACGGUCAGGGUGUUCCCCCUGCCAGUAGAUCGAUUGGCCUUUCCGCUAAUCAACCAAAUCACGCAUUCCUAUUUCCUCCGGCGGUUGCGGGCACCGCUCCUACCGGUCAUCACGAUUGGAUGCACGCACACCAUCACCCAGGAACUACAACCAUCAUCCAUCGGAUAGAUCGUAACACGGCCCAGGCGUUGCUCGGUUCCGGUGCUCACCCGGCCGCCAAUUCGGUUAUCGUCGUUUCCGCCCCCGGUGUCUCAUACAUCGCUCGGUUCAACGGUGCCGAUGACAUUUCCCUAGAAGAUUGUGAUGAACGUGCGCGGCUCCAGCGGGAGCUGGAAAUUAGAGAGGGUGUUGACGCACCCGCCCAUCUACCAGCUCGACCGGCUUGUGACGGUUCCGCUGCCGGUAAUCACCAAAUUGCGUUUGUUUGCACACCGGAUUCAACGUCGGCACUUAAUCUACUCCAGCGGAGACUGUUGCUACCGAACAAUCUGCACGCCGAAGAGAUGCUACGGGUUCAUUCGCAGAUCGACUUCAUCCACUGCCUGGUACCGGAUCUGCAGAAGAUAACCAGCUGUUGCUUCUACUGGGGCAAAAUGGAUCGGUACGAGGCGGAGAAGCUACUUGAGGGUAAGCCGGAGGGAACGUUCCUCCUGCGGGACUCGGCACAAGAAGAUUUUCUGUUUUCCGUUUCGUUCCGGAAGUACUGCCGAUCGUUGCACGCUCGUAUCGAGCAGUUCAACCAUAAGUUCAGCUUCGAUUCACGCGAUCCGGGUGUUUAUACGUCCUCCACCGUGACCGGUCUGCUGGAACACUACAAGGACCCGUCCUGUGUGAUGUUCUUCGAGCCGAUGCUGACCCACCCGCUGAAGAGAAACUUCUGCUUCUCGCUACAGCAACUGUGCCGGGCAACGAUUGUCAGUAAUACCACGUACGACGGUAUCAACGAACUGCCGCUGCCAAAGUCGUUGAAAUCCUACCUGAAGGAGUACCACUACCGGCAGCGAGUUCGCUUCAAGGUCAUGGACGAACAUCUGUACUCGGAAGUGCCUCUCUCGUACGGUAUUGGCUGGUAGUAGCAGCCGCCGCUUCGGCAGCAUCAACAGAGGAAACGAGGAGUCGGGCGGAAUGCGGCCAACUAUUGGCCAGAUCUGAUUGCGGUCGCCAGUGCUCGGGAGGAACGUGAGGAUGAGCAAACUCACCGUUGCAUACGUGCGGAAAGAAGCCUGAAGAAGCUGUUUUGCUGCUUCCGUCAAUGAGUUAGUGUCGUUCUUUUUUCCUGUAUAAUUGUACAUAGCUUCGUAUGGUAUACACUCUGAUUCGGUAAUUCUCUAUUAUUUAUCACAAAUUGUUACUAUAAUAAGUUAUUGUUUCGUGUAACGAGAGCUGCAACUGAUCAAUUCAACUGUAACAAACAGGUUGUACAGAUUUUGUGAACUCAAAUUUAACCUUUUGUCCAUCGUCAUCGAAUGAAUUUUCUGUGAUAGGCUUCGGUUCCUUUUCGUCACUCUCGCAAAACACUUUGAGAAAACAUAUUUUAAUGCUACUACAAAGUCGAUUGGUUGCAGUUCUACUCCUAGAUUGUAUUAUGUUGUAAAAAAACAGAAAAAAACACACAGUCUCUAUGUUAACACAAAUUUCAAUUUGUUUUCUUCAUUUAUCGUAAAAAAAGGUUAAGCCUUAUAGUAAUUGUAGUGCAGUUCUAGUAACUUGGUAAGAGUGAAAAGUUUCCUUCCUAACUAAUCUAUCGUGACUGAUUUAGAAGAAAUAGAGCAAACCUAUGUAGAAGGUAUGGACUGUAGACAAAUCUGAUGGAGUGGAGAUUGGUAAGGUUAACGGGAAAAAGUAGACCUAGCAGAAUGUAGUGGAAAAUAGUGAAUCUCAGAGAGCAGGUAAAGUCUCGUUUUGUUGUUUUGUUUUUGUUGAUUACUUUUAGUUUCGGAAUUGAAUGAACAAAAAAAAAAAUAAAUAGAAUAAUUGUCCUACUAUGUAGUUCAACCGGUCAGAAAUCAUAUACGACCUCAAUAAAUAACCACAAUCUCUCCAGUUGCCACACCCGUUCAACAAAACAUUAAAGUCCCAGUAUUGCAGACGUUCCAUUCAGGAAACUGAUAGAAUCACAUAUUGAAAAACUAAUAUCGUACAAUUAUUCGAGAAAUAUUACUAAUGAUUAAAUCAACCCAUAUCCGCAACAGUAAUGAUAACGAAACAGUAAACAUAAUGAAAUAAAAUAUUUCCAGUGAAAUGAUUCUAUCUACCCUAUUAUGGAAGUUUUUGAUAUGAGGCAAACAACAGUGAAUAAUGAAUAAUCAAAAUGACAACAAAUCAAACGAUACGUUCACUCGCUGAAUAUGAGAAAAUUAAACUAAUAUAGAAGAAUAUACGUUCUGGUAGCUUUAAAAACAAAUUAAUAAUAUACGAAAUCAAAAUACAAUUGUAUGAUGAUUAGUGAUGGUAGAACCAUCCAAACCAUAUGAUAAGAAUAAUAAAACAAACAUUAUAAUCGAAAAUAAA